ACAGCCGCAGUCACAAUGCCUAGCGAGACGGCCGCAUUUACCGAAGUCUUCGAAGCCGAGAUUUACAAGCAUCUUUCCGAAACAUCUGCUCUGGACGACUUGCACGCAGAGCUUUUGUUCUCGCUACAACGCGCCGGCUGGACCGAGCGAAUCAAGUCUCUUUCCCUAGAACUUCUCCGCGCUGGGCGCUGCAAUCACUUUGAUGAUCUGGUUGAUGUCGUUGUUACGCUUGCCGCCGGCGAACCACACCCAACAGUACCAGAGGUCAACCCAACAAGUGCAACGACAAAUGGGCAUAGUACCACGAAUGGGGUAGAGAGUGAUUCAGAAUCACCUUUCAAGAACCUGGAUGUGCGAAUACCAAAGGAAGUUGUUGACCAGGGUGUCAAGGCAAUUAAGGAUUCAAUACGGCCUAUUGCCACAAUUGAGGAUGACGGAGGGGUAGGGGGAAACGCCUCUACAGCAGAGAACUCGAAUCAUGCCACAAAAUCGGAGAAAAAG